AUGGAGUUGGCGCACCAGGUGAAGCCUGAGAAGGAAUACGAAGAAGACGAGGAGGAACAGUUCUGUUAUAUGCGGGAAGAUUUACCGCGUCAGUUGUUACGUCUACGUAAAUUGCGACAGCAACUGUUGGAGCUAAAAGCAAAUAUUAAAGCGCCUGAUGUUUUCGAUGAGUUACAGCUCAUUGCGGGGCAGCUAAAUGAACUGAACCAUCUGAAAGCAGUGCACUCGCUGGCCGCUACAGGUGCCAAUAUUAAUAAAGCCAUAACUGCAUCAGACUUCUCCGCUCUUUAUAAUUAUAUACAGACACUCACGCGGAGCACUGACACGAAUUUGGCAUGUCAUUCACUUUUUUUUUAA